UGAAAAGGAUAGCUGGAGCAGUGGUCCCCAGCAGCACAAAGCGGGAAAUGCUCCAAAGAACAUCAGAAGAGUUUCUCCCAAAGAUGGAAAGUUCAGUUGAAGAAAUGGACACCUCUGAUACCCAGUGGGGCUGGUUUUAUUUGGCUGAGUGUGGUAAAUGGCACAUGUUUCAGACUGAUUCAAACAGUCACUGCUCUGUUAGCAGUGAGGAUAUUGAAAGGAGCUUCCGAGCAAACCCACACGGUUCUGUUUCUUUUACUACUACAAAAUUUAACUACACACUAGACUUUGCAGUGAUGAAACAAACUAAUCUAACUACCCUUAAGCAACGUCCAAUAAAGCGAGCUCCUUUUUCUAUCAGUGCUUUCAGUUUCAUCUGUGAAAAUGAGGCUAUCCCUAUGCCUUCCCACUGGGAGAAUGUAAAUACUGAAGAGCCAUAUCAGCUUAUUCCAUUGCAAAAGAAAACAAAUGAAUAUGAUGAAGUUUCUAGUCUCUUUGGCAAAACAAUGGAUAGCCACCGAAUUAAAAGAAUUAGAAGAAUACAAAAUCUAGACUUGUGGGAGUUUUUUUGCAGGAAAAAAGCUCAACUGAAGAAGAAGAGAGGUGUCCCGACUAUUAAUGAGCAGAUGUUGUUUCAUGGCACCAGUAAUGAAUUUGUAGAAGCAAUAUGCAUACACAACUUUGACUGGAGAAUAAAUGGGAUGCAUGCUGCUGUAUAUGGAAAAGGGACGUAUUUUGCAAGAGAUGCAUCAUAUUCCAGUCGCUUCUGCAAAGAGGACAUGAAGCAUGGAGAUACUUUCCAAAUUCAUGGUGUGAACCUGCAGCCUCAUCUGCAUAGAUCAGAUAAAGUCAUGUUUCUUGCUCGCGUAUUAACUGGUGACUAUAUCAAUGGCGACUCAAAAUACAUGAGGCCUCCUUCAAAAGAUGGAAGUUUUGUGAACUUGUAUGACAGCUGUGUGGAUAAUACCUGGAACCCAAAGAUCUUCGUUAUCUUUGAUGCAAACCAAAUCUACCCCGAGUACUUAAUAGAGUUUUGUUAAGUCUGAAAGCAGAUGAACUGAGUAAUGUUUGUGUCUCUUCAAUGCUUUGUUCAUUUUGUAAAGACAUACAAACACAUGAAGCCUGAGAGGUGUUUCUGAAGGAGGGAAGCAGUUGAAUGUUGAAGAGAGACUGUCAAACAGGUUUUUAAAAUCUGUGACCUUUACUAAUGUGUGUUUCAAAUGUAGAGACUGUUACAAGUUUGAACUGGCUUGGUGAGCCUUAAAUGCGUUGGGCAUUGGUAAGUUUGCAAAGGCAACAUUUAUGUUCUCUUCGGGUUUUUUAUUGAUACAUUGCAAGUAUUCAUGUGAUAGAAAUAUGCCUGUAAUAUAGUAUGCCUAUGAGAAAAUCUUUUAUAAAGAUUGUCUGUAGAACAUAAACAUAACAAAAACAACAGCAAACAAAGCAGGGGACUUGGCUACAUAUUUGUGUGUCCGUGUUUUGUAGUACACGUUGAACCUCACCACACAGCCACUCACUCACUCUGUGUGUCCCUUAAGUACAAUGAAAAGGAGUAGAACAAGAAGAGAAAUAAAAAUCCAAGAAGAAGACAAGUGAUGGACAGUACAAUUGCUCACUACCUGGGGCCAAUGUUGAAACGGCAACUUCUCGCCCCUCUCCAGGCCAGCUCCUUUACUUUCUGUACUAAGCAUGGCAUUUUGUGGUGUGAAAUAUCCUUUUAGCUGGUUUAGGUCAGCUGUCCCGGCCAUGAUCUCCUCCAGCUUCUUGUGCUGCUGCACAGCAGCAAAACAAGGGAAGUUGGAAGGUCCAUGAUUCUUUACUAACAACUGAAAAUGUUAGUAUAUUACCAGCAUUUGCCUCCUACAGAAUUGAAAACAAAGCCCUAUUCUAGCUAUUAAGAAGAAAAGAACAUGAGCUUUAUAACUCAGAUGAAGCCAGGACAAUGUUGUGUUUGGAAAUGUCUUAGAUUCUAAACUCACCAAAAAAAAC